UUCUGAUCGAGUUCUUUGCUCGUCGAGACGUGUAAUCCCAUCGCGUGCUCGUCUGGAGUGCCCCUCCUUCACUUCUCUCCACCCUCCUGCGCCUCCUCUGCCUCCUGAGCUUAUAGUGCUGCCGUCAUUAUUACCAUAUGGCAGCAGUAUUCAUCCCACCUUCUCCCCAAACCUCUCAUAAUAUGUCGACUCGCCGACCACUCGCAAACGUGCCGAAUGCUACCAAUUCCCCUCACAGGUCAGGCCUCGUGCCGGCCAAACGCCUCCGGGCGGCGUCAACCCAGCUGGACAUCCCUUACGGCCAGCCUCCUCCGAAGAAGCAGGUAGUCGACGGCCAGGACCCGGAGGCCCGUUCACCCACCCGUCCCCGGACCUCCGCCUUACAGAACCCGGACUCCAAGUUGUUUACCCGCCGGACGAACAAUGCCCAGCCCAGCGCGUUCGAGAGGAAGCUGGUUGCCGUGAGGGACAAGGAACGACAGACGCAGGUGAAAGUCACGAGAAACGACAAGCCGUCCGCGGAGACGCUCGAUGCCAUGCGACAGUGGCAAAGGCACUACCGAAAGGCCUUUCCUCAGUUCGUCUUCUACUUCGAUAGUAUUCCGGAGGAUGUUCGAAGCAAAUGCUCGAGGCAGGUUCUGGCUUUGGGAGCUCGCGAAGAAAAAUUCUUCUCGCGUCAAGUAAGCCAUGUCGUGACCUCUCGCCCCAUCCCCCCUGAAAAUGAUACCGCAACCCCGACCGAGAUCAACGCAGAACCUACAGAGCAAGUCCAUGUGGACGGUACCUUGCAGACUGUCAACCCGUCUCUACUCGACAAGAACGCCGAAAGCCACCUUCACAUGUCCCUAAAGAACGAUGCACGCCGUGAACAGCGAGGAAUGGAUGUGCUGCACCGGGCACGGCAGAUGCGCAUGAAGAUCUGGGCGAUCGAAAAGCUUCAGCGGAUGAUUGCUACAAUAAACGAUGGGGAUAUUGGAGGUCAUACGGGGUCGACACGGACUACCAAUGCCGUUAGUGGCCACACCAGAGUCAAGGGCGAGAACGAUCUCUCGCAGGUCCUGCAGAACGAGCUGAUGAACGGCCCCUCCGAUCGCAAUCCUCACUCGGUUCUCAAGGAGCAGAUUUUGUUCAAGGGACCUUUCAUCUACGUGCAUGAUAUGGAUGAGAAGACGAGACCUGUCAUGGUUCGUGAGUACGCGAGGGUGGUCAAACGGCAGGACGGAACCUGGCCGCAAUUCCGAAGUGCACCGCUAGGCAAGUGUCCGUUCAUCGAUGAGCCCCCGACGAAGAAGGAUUUGGAUCGACAACGCGCCCGGCAACGUGAGAAGGAGAAGAAGCUCGUCUUUAAGCCUAUGCCUGCCCAAGAGAUUCGAGACACCAAACUCAACGCACCGGAGAUCAACAGAACCACGGAAGAAGCUGAGGAUGCAACUCCUGAAUACAGCCCCGCAGAGACUAUCUGUCAAGGAAAGCAACCUGAAAUGCAGGAGAUGCAGCCGACUCGCCCGCCGUCGCCUAGAAAGAGCUCCGAGAGCUUCUGUCCGCCGCCCCUGCAGCGCACGGGCCCAUUCUUCCAUGGCCGUGAACCCGCCGCGUCGGGGGUACAGCCCUCUAACAUCACCUCUGCUAUCCGCUCCCAGAUGGUCUCUUCAACUGCUGCCGCACCCGGUGCCAAGGCUGGGCUGAGCAAGGAGGUCCAUGAAUUGAAGCGGAAGGUGCUUGAGAAAGGAAAUGGAGGGCUGAGCACUACCACCAGCAUGAUGCCACCCUCACACCACACCACAGACAUGAACACGACGCUGAAGAUGCGAGCCCACGAAAGUCGACCGAGUAAUCUGAGCCACACCGAGAAGGCCAUGAAUGUGAUUGAUGAAGGAACGACGCAGUCAGAGGGUGCUGGGGCACUUAAGCGACUUACAAGUAACCGCAGGGGUAUGACUCCGAAGAAAAAGGAGCGGCGGAGGGACCCCAAGCCAGGCUAUUGUGAAAACUGCAGGGACAAGUUCGACGACUUCGACGAGCACAUCAUGACUCGGAAGCACCGCAAGUUCGCCAUGAGUAGAGCCAACUGGACCGAACUCGAUGCCUUGCUCACCCAGCUGGAGAGACCACUGAAGCCCGAAUGUUUUAGACUUGAUUAAAGGUCCUUGGUACGAGGAUACGUUAAAAAAGGUGGAUAUAUGAUAUGUACAAUAUAUCGCAUGUCUCAGAUCUUCACGCAUCAGUCACCGUGUCGUUUGCCCGGGGCAGCCAGUUGGCCGCUCAGCGGGGAAAUCAUAUACGCAAGGCCUUAGCACAUUUCCGUCCCAUGACAUACAUACGACUUUUG